AUGUCCUCUAUAAACGAGCAGAUCACACAUGUUCGCCAGCAUUUGCGGGAGCUUGAGCUUAAAUUACAGCGAGAAGAUAAAUCUCCAAAUAAUGAUGUCAAUGGCUUAUCGCUCGAUGAAUACAAGAGAUACGGCCGCCAUAUGGUACUUGAUGGCAUCGGCUUACCUGGCCAAUUGAAACUCAAGAAUGCUUCUGUCGUCAUCGUUGGUGCUGGUGGUCUUGGAUGUCCCGCUGCCCAGUAUCUCGUUGCUACCGGCGUCGGGACUAUUACUGUUAUAGAUGGUGAUACUGUCGAAAUCAGCAACCUCCAACGCCAGAUUCUGCAUUCUGACGUGAAGAUUGGUAUGCAUAAGGCACAAUCUAUCAAUCAAGCUGCAGGUUACAUCAACCCAAAUGUAAAAGUAGUCCCAGUCUUAGAAUCCUUUAACUCAACCAAUGCCCAAUCUCUCCUUCACUCCAUCCAGCCAGAUGUUGUCUUAGACUGUACUGAUAACCCUUCAACUCGUUAUCUCGUCUCCGAUAGUGUAGUCAUACACAAUAGAUCUAACAAACGUGCAACACUCAUCAGUGCCGCUGCAACUGGCUUCAACGGUCAAAUCAUUACUCUCUGUUACAGUGACGAUGCUCCAUGUUACAGAUGUAUCAUUCCGCGACCACCACCAGUACAAACUGUAACUAGCUGUGCUGAUGAUGGUAUUCUAGGUGUCGUUACUGGUACGCUCGGUACAUUACAGGCUACUGAAUGUAUCAAAGUUCUUCUUGGCAUGCACAGCGGUGAAAGUGCAAUGACAAUUUACUCAGCGCUCGCUCCUGCUCCUUUCAGAACAAUGAAGAUGAGAGGCAGAAAGAAGAAUUGUUUUGCUAACGGCGAUGAUGAUGAAGAGCGUUUGGAGAAUGUCGAGGAUAUUGAUUAUCUCACCUUCACCGGCGCUGGUUCAUGUGGUGUAGACAUGAAUCUCAGCAAAAACAAUGAGAUAAGCGUAGAGGAUUUCAUGGCGUCACGCAAGAAUAAUGACCUCGUACUCGAUACACGAUCUGCUGUUGAAUACGGCAUAUGUCACAUCGAUGGAUCAAUUAAUUUACCUAUAACCGACCUACUCAAAGAUCCUUCACAGGUCCAAGUGAACAAGAACGACACUGCUUAUGUUUUUUGUCGCCGUGGAAACGACUCGCAGAUAGCCACUGAUGCCCUCCUCAAAAAAAAUCAACUCAAUGUUAAGAAUGUUCAAGGUGGACUGGCAAGGUAUAGCGAAAUAAACAGUAAUUUCCCCUUGUAUUAA